AUGUCGCAAGAAUAUUUAACCUCUGAAUGGAUUGUUUCUACAAUUGUAUGGUUUACUAUGGUUCCAUAUUACUUUCAAAUGUUCAUGUUGUGUCAUGUUUGUUCAGUCAGUGCUUAUUCAUCAUCAUUAUUACCUACUACCAAUAAUGAUGUUUCUAAUACGCUGAAUAGUAUUACUAGUAGCAGUAAUAAUGAUGCCAAUGGUAAUCCUAAAACACCUCAAUACAAUUUACGUUAUGCUAUAACAGAAAAUCAACCAAUACAUUUCAAAAUUGGUCAAAUCAAUGAAGAUCUUAUGCAAACACCAGAGAUUCGUUCAACUCGUCUAUUCAAUUUAUUACAACUAUCGAAACAAAUCAAUUCACAUUAUCGUUUACGUGAACCAUCAAAUUAUUUUCAUGUUAAUGAAACAACUAGUGUAUUAACUACAAAGAAAGUAAUUGAUUUGGAAGCAUUGUGUCCACGUUAUUGUCAAGAGAAUACUUAUCAUGCACAAUUAAAUAUUUAUGUGAAUAUAUGGGCUAAUUUUCAAUUAAUUUGUAUUGUAAAUAUUGAAAUAACAGUAACGGAUAUUGAUGAUAAUCAACCACAAUUCCCACCUACUGUGGCUAGACCUUAUAAAUUGAAAUUGAAAGAGGUAAUUUAUCGAGCUGGGAAAUAUGUAGAACUUCCUAAAGCCAUUGAUAAAGAUAUACAACCACAUCAUGCAGAAUUAGUUUAUCGUCUUGAUUCACAUCCUGAUGAUCAGUCGAAUUCAUUAGAAACAUUUCGUUUAGUUGUACGUAAUGAUUCACGACUUGUACUAGUUUUACAAAAAGAUUUAGAUUAUGAAUCGGUUAGAGAAUAUAAAUUUUAUUUAGUUUGUUCAUCACCUUAUAUCACAGAAGAUCAACAUGUGGACACAAUCAGCGCGGAAGAUCGACUGGAAAUUCAUGUGGAAGUGCUUAAUAUCAAUGAUAUUGAACCAACAUUUUCACAAGCUGUUUAUGAAAUACAAAUCAAGGAAAAUAUUCCAAUAGAUUCAGUAAUUUAUGAAUUGAAAGCAACUGACAAAGAUGUCAAUUCUACAAUCACAUAUUCAAUGGAAAAUGGUGUGGAUUUAAAUACUACGCAAAAAUUUUCUAUUAAAUCAAAUGGACAUGUGAUUGUUCAAGAAAAAUUAGACUAUGAACAACGUAAUGUGUAUAGUUUUACAGUACGCGCUAGUGAUGGUGAAUUUUUUGCUUUGGCUCGACUUACAAUUACAAUUUUGGAUGUAAAUGAUGAACCACCGGAAUAUGUAUUAAAUCCACAACAAUUGACAAUUUUAGAAAAUAAACCAGCUCAAACAUUUAUCGGUCAUCUUCUUAUUGUUGAUCGUGACAGUCCUGAAGUUAAUGGUCAAGUACAAUGUGAAGAACCAUCUCAUUUGAAAAGUAAACAACCUAUUGUAUUUGUACAAGAAUCUAUGUAUUCACUUCCACUUCAACAGUCCUCCUCUUCACCACCACUUGGAUUAAUCUCUGAUCUUAACAAUAAUCAUAACAAUUAUCUACCUGUAAGUUUAUCAUCUCCUUCGUCAAGUUCUGAAAAUCAUGUUUAUCAACGUUUCACUUUAUACAGCCUCAAUGAAUUCGAUCGUGAAGAUGGACCGAAUAAAUAUGAAUCAAUAUUAUAUUGUUGGGAUGGUGUUGGAUCAACACAAUUUUCACAAACAUCUUAUGAUUCUUCAAUACAUAAUUUGAAUAGAUAUGAAUCUUUGAAUUAUUCAACAUUGUCUUCAACAGUAGUAUCAUCUAGUCAAACAGCUACAAUGACAAUCACUUUAUACAUAGAAGAUGCAAAUGAUAAUGUGCCUACAUUUGAAGAACAAUUCUAUAAAGCAGAAAUUAAAGAGAAUUCACCGAUCAACACUAAAAUUAUUAAGAUGCAUGCUGUUGACAAAGAUAUUGGCAUGAAUGCACAAAUUUAUUACAGUUUAGAAAAGAAUGAACUAUUUGCACCGUAUUUUAAAAUUGAUCCAAUUACUGGAUGGAUUGUCAAUUCAGCGGAACUUGAUCGUGAAGCACAAGUAACAUUUCAGCUUACUGUUCUAGCUAUUGACGGUGGAUAUGACACAUUAGAUAUGACUAGAUUGCAUAAAUCUUUUGGUCAGAUGAAAACUUAUCAUACAGCUACAACACAACUACUUAUACAUAUCAUAGAUGAAAAUGACAACGCUCCAGAAUUUCGUGGUCCAAGACAAUUUGCUGUAGAAGAAAAUCAAGCACCGCAUAAAUGGAUUGGUGAUUUACAAGUUAUCGAUCGAGAUGAAGGAAAUAAUAGUGAAGUGACAUUUAAAUUAUUAUCUGGUAGAAUAAAAAAUAAUAAUCAUACUAUUGAACAAACUGCAAAACGAAUUAAUGACAAUACAUUACAGCAUAGUAGUGUACCGAUUCAAUUAUUUAAAAAUGGAAGUUUAUUUACUACAAAAUCAUUGGAUAGAGAAAAACAGUCGUUAUACUGUUUUGAAGUGGUUGUAUCAGAUAAAGGCUUGGAGAAAUCCUAUUCCACAGCGGACACAAUCUGUGUACGUGUACUGGAUUUGAAUGAUAACAAACCAUAUUUUGUUGAAAUUAAAGGUGCUGAACAAAUUGACAAUAACAAAACUUUAUUGAACGGAUCAUUAUCGGAAACAAUCGAUAUCCGAAAAUCACCAGUAAAUUCCAUCAAACACAAUCCAAUCAAAGUAAAUUAUUCACAAUAUCCUGUAGUACGUGUAUCGUACAAUGAAGUACCAGGUUAUUGUGUAUUGAUUGCUAAAGCAGUCGAUGAAGAUGAAGGUAGAAAUGCUCAACUACGCUAUGGUAUAACACGUCAAUAUUCACAUAUUGCUCAACAAGGAUUAAAUCACGAAAAUGUACUUGAUGCAUUCACAAUGGAUCAGCCUAGUGGUCGUGUUAUGUUAACAAGAAGUUUGAAUUUAAACGAACUUGGUUCAUAUGAAAUGGUAAUAACUGUGGAAGAUAAUGGAGAACCGGUUCAGAGGGCAGAAAAGACUAUUCAAUUGAUUGUUGAAGCAAGUUCAGCUCGUGGUAAUUGGUUAUUACCUGAAACUGAACAAAAUCGCGAUUUCUCUAUAUUCAAUUCAAAAUAUACAAUCACUGAAGCGCAUACAUUUCUAAUUGUCAUCAUUUUAUCCGGUAUAUCAGCAUUUCUAGCUGCUUUAUUAAUCAGUGCUAUUCUAUGUAUGAUUAAACCAUGCAAAAAGUCAAGAAAUACAAAUCAAUUAAAUAAAAAUACUUCAAAAUCAAUUGGCAGUCAUGAUUUAAGCAGUAUGCAGAAAGAAUUCAAUCCAAUUAUAUGUGAUUAUGACAGUGCUGGUUUCAAUUUAUACAAUCACCAUCAUCAUCAUCAUCAUCAACCGGGUAGUUAUCCAUCUAUAGGAAAUAUUGACAAUUUAUGCGGUUCAUUGUUUCCGUCGAUUGGUCAACAUUAUCAAGAAGGAUUACCAAUCACCACUUGUGACGGGUUAACAGUAUCAAGUAUGGAAAAUUGUUAUAUAUCACCAUACAGCUUGUUUAGCAUUAAUAAUCAAAUUGAUAAUAAUGUUAAAAUCAAUAGCAAUAAUAAUAAUAUUGAUAAUAAUCCAGCCAGUUCACCAGCUACUGUUUCAAUUCAAACAACAUGUAUGAACCAUGCGAAUGGUGUUGAACAAGAGUUGAGCGUAAUACGACCAAACAGUAAAACAUCGUAUAUACAAAAUACUUCAUCACCGGUGAAUUCAAUGCAGUGUACAACGCCUCAACAACAACAACAACAAUUGAAUUAUCUUCAUUUGGAAUAUCCAAAUCAUGAAUGUCACAAGUCAACAACAAACAAUUCAUUGUUCAAUGUGACUUCAAGGUGUUCAACAUAUUCACCGCAACACUUUCAUUCCUACUAUCCAACAUUUCAGCCACCAGCAAUGCCAAUCAACUCACAUUUUCUGGUAUCUUCAAAUGAUUCUAAUCUCAAAUCAGAUCAUAUUGUUGUUCAAUGUUCGAAAACGUCACCGGCUUCUUCAACAUAUUAUUAUCAACAACAAAACAGAACGGAUUCAUUAUCACCAAAUUCAUUAUAUAACACAUCGACAAUAUUUGAUUACAGUUCACCUAGUUUAAUGUGUCCAAAUUAUAUUAGUCAGAACAUUCCAGUUAUUGGUGAAUGUAUUGUUAAAGAUCCACGUAUUCAUAAUUCAACUAUUGGUGAAGAACAAAGAUCCGACAGUGGUCGUGGUGCAAGUGAUGAAGAGAAUUCUAAUCAAAUCCACCUGAUGAAUACACUGCCGACAACAGUAACAACAACACUGACAACACCAACAACACCGAUAACAUCUUUAUCAGCUGGAAAUGAAAAACUACUAAAUGACACUACAUUAGAAACUCCAAUCAAUCAAUCAAAGAAAAAUCAAAAAUUUCGAUCAAGUACACUUAAAUAUUCUACAGAAAAUUCUAGUCAUAUAACAACUGGUCUGGUAUUUCCAAGUCUUCCAAGGAUUAACACAUGCAAACAAUCAAAUGAUCAAGGUAUGCUGGGCACAUUUCAACAAAAAUCAUUUCCUCUUAACUCCAUAAAAGAUUCUUAUACUAAAUAAUCAACAGAUCAAUUUGACAAAUUUCGCUACAUCACUUUUUUUUUCUCAAUAAAAUUUCUUAUUCAUAGCAAAACUUGAAUUGAAAAAGUAAUUACUGAUAAAACACUAAUAUUGGAUGAAACAAGUAUGAUACAAUGUUUCCAUCUUUAUGAAAACUUAUCACUGCUUCAGUUUACACGGUUGCUAAAAUGUGCAAUAUAUUUUUUUGGGGAAACAGCUGUUUAAGUGUGUUUUCACUACUGUUCAAA